AUGGAGGCUCGUGAAUCUGCCGCUGGGCAUAGAUGCUCAAAUAAGGAUCUAGUGAAGGAGAAGGCGCCUCUGCAAAGAAAGUGGGCGUCCGAGCCCUCUGCUACCACCAAACGAAGCACUUUUGCUGACCAAGAGGCAAAACACCGUGAGAGUUUGCCUUGUGGUGCGACGGGGGGAUCAGCACCCCUGCAGAAGUACGCAAUUACAGGGAAUUCUAGUAAGCUGCUAUCUGGACCUUCUGCAGUUGGGGCCAUGGGAGGUCCGCCAUCUCAAGACCCCCAUGGGCCCUUUGCUCAGGGGUUCCCAAGGGGAUACUCCUACCAACUUGGCCAGCCGUACCCUCAGCACCCCCAAUCUGAGCGCUUCCUCUCAGGAGCAAAACCCCAGCCAGGUCUAGAGCCUCAUGCUUGGCCAUUUGCCGGCCAGUUGCCCUCGGAUGACCUGUACCCUGUAGGACACCCAGGACACACUCAUCCUCAUGGGGCUGGGGCAGGGAGGUUUCCCCGCCAGAAAUCUCCCAGUUUACCCAGCUCCUUCGGACAGUAUUCUCAGUCAGGCCCUGAGCCUGGAGAGGAGGGCUACAGCAAAAAAGAGCAGAAGCCGAAAAAGCCUGGUAAGUACAUCUGUCACUACUGUGGUCGAGCUUGUGCCAAGCCCAGCGUCUUGAAGAAGCACAUCCGCUCACAUACUGGAGAGAGGCCAUAUCCAUGUGUACCCUGUGGCUUUUCCUUUAAAACUAAGAGCAACCUUUACAAGCAUCGCAAGUCCCAUGCUCAUGCCAUCAAGGCUGGACUCGUACCAUUUUCAGAGCUAGCUGUGGCCCGCAGUGGGGACAUGGACCAGGCAUCCCCAGCGGGAGAUACUGAGGUCCACUCAGAUGGAGAGCAGAGUACCGACACAGAUGAGGAAGGUGUGGAGGGCUCCACCAUGCUGACAGACAAAGACAGCCCCAUCCCGCAGAUCCCCUUUGAAGCUGACAAGAAUACAGGUGGUGUGGGACCAGCAUAUGCAGACUCAGCUGAAGAGCUGCUGGUGGGAUCUAUAAAAGUGCCUAUCCUUAUUGUACCCAAGCCUGGGGGAGUUCCCUCCACGGGGAUGGAGUGCCCACCCUUUCAGGACAUAAAGGGGUCACACCACAUGUUGGCAUCCCAUGCUGGCGCAAGAGCGCAUUCACUGGAUGACUCCCCUACCAUCAAACAACGUUUGGCCCUGAGGCUGAAUGAGAAAAAAGGUCAGGACUCUGACUCUGCCAUGUCCCAGUCCCUGAACCUCCUCAGCCCUCAUAGCAAGGGCAGCACAGACUCUGGAUACUUUUCACGCUCUGAGAGUGCUGAGCAGCAGAUCAGCCCUCCAAAUACUAAUGUCAAGACGUACGAAGAGAUUAUGUUUGGUCGAACUUGGUACUGCCGACCCGACUCCAGAUCUAGACAGUCUAUCACAGUUGGCAUGGCAGGGGCAGACCCCAGCAGCCUAGCUAGCUUAAAGCAACCGGGUGCUAUUCUGGACAUGGGGAAGAUAGCUGAGGAUCAUAUCUGUUUCCGAGGAGAUGUAGGAGUCUCGGGAGAUCCCAAGCAGUAUCCAACAGGACCCUGUCAAAGCAGUACAGGCCUUCUGGAGCCUCCAUCAGAUUCUGGGCACCUUAUUAGGAGUAACUCCAUGCCAACUUCCUCCCCUCCUAACCUAAGUGUCCCCCCAGCGAUUCGAGGCAGCCACUCAUUCGAUGAGAUGAUGGCGCCGGAUGAUGUGUUUUACCCACCAGGGCGCAGACUCAGAAGGCAGGCUGCAUUUGAACAUUCAGCCAACGAAGCCCAUGUAGGAGAGGCUGAGGGCUAUGGACACAUGCCCAAGAAUUUAGCUUCAUCUCUAGGUAUGAAGCUUGGUGAGCGCAACCCAGGAAUCCCAGAGCACAUUUCCUACAGCCCAUAUGGUACUAAAAUUAGCAUGUCAGAAAUAGCCACAAGAAAACGGAGGAAAGAGAAGAGUGUUGGGGAUGAAGACGACAGCCCUGGGCACUGUGACAGUAGCUGUAGUGGUUCAGUGGAGAUGAUAGGGGACUAUGAGUUUAGACAAGGUAGUCUUGAUGGGUCGAGAGCCACCCCAACAGGAAAGGGCUCUCUUCACAGCGCCCACAGCCAGUCUGACAGCUUUGAUACCUGUGCCAGCAUGUGCUCUGAGGAUAUUGCAUUGUUUCCUGAGUCUGAGUGCAGGAAAGCAGUUGUGAAUGUCAUAUCAGUCAUCCAGCACACCAACUCCCUCAGUCGGCCAAAUUCCUUUGAGAAGUCAGAGUCCUUUGAGCAUCCAGGUUAUCAUACAGAUAAAGCUCUAUCUAGCCAGUACUCCGAGCAAUCGGACACAGAUAUCUUUGAAGAUGCUCUGAGUCCUGAAUCUGCCCUACUGCUGCGAGCAGAGAGCAUGGAGCAGCAACUACAAAGUGACAGUGACCUGGCUUCCCUCUCGUCUUCGUCAGCUGCACCAUCACCUGGCCAGCCUUAUCAGGGGCCACACAAACUAGUCCGACAACCCAACAUCCAAGUUCCUGAGAUCAGGGUAACGGAGGAGAAAGACACAGAAACUCCAAUGACAAAGGAACCGGAUAAGCAGCCGCAGCAUGUGGAGGAGUUCCAGCUGCCACAGAGGAGUGAUACACUCGCCCAGAUGCCAUCGGAAAAGCUCCCACCCAAGAAGAAGAGGCUGCGCCUGGCGGAUAUGGAGUACUCAUCGGGGGAAUCAAGCUUUGAGUCAACGUGCACCAGCCUUUCUCGCAGUCCCAGUCAGGAGAGCAACCUGUCCCACUCCUCCUCCUUCUCCAUGUCCUUUGACAGAGAGGAAGGCCUCAAGUCUGUCUCACCCACCAAACAGGAUGACUCGUUGACAUCUGGUAGUGGACCUAAGCAGUCAGAGUUCCUGACGGUACCUGGCAGUGGUCAUUCCAGCCACUACCAGCAGAGAGAGAUGAGGAGGUCUUCAUCCGAGCAGGCACCCUGCACGCUGCCCACAGAGUUUCCUGAAAUGCGCAGUAAAUCGUUUGACUAUGGAAGCUUGUCCACCUCCAGACAGGGAGAGAUAUACUGCAGUGCCUCUGCAAUGAAGGAACGCCGGCGUGGAUAUCUUGUCCGACAGGCUUCACUGAGUGUUUAUCCAGAGGCAGUCAUCCAGGAACCAGGGGUUGCUGAGAUGUCAAUCAAACAGGAGGUUCUGGAACAUGGGACGUGGCCUGGUCCAACAGGAUCCCCCCACAGCAGCAGCGAUGUAGCCAGCAGAAACAAGAGAGUUGGCAGUAGCACUGGUGGUGUAGGAUCUCACCAACACCAACAGCACCAUCAGCAUCUCCUCCAGCAGAGUAUCAGUGAGGACAGCUUGCAAGACGAACCUCUCUAUAGCAGAACCUAUCAGCAUCGCUUGCAGGCCCAGGGCUCGUCAUCUGAGGGAGAAUAUCAAGGUCAUGAGGUCAUGAAUAAGGAAGUAAUCCAGCAGUACCCGGGUGGUCCUCCCUUCCUUUCCUACCAGCAACCAGGUAUUUUCUGGAGUCAGGAUGCUGGUCAGACACCCAGACAGCAGCUGACCCUCCAGGCCCAGCAGCAACUCCAAAAACUCCACAUCAGAUCACCAGGCUCCCUUCCUGGACACCCACUGCACAAACAACAACCGCUCCACUCUGUGCAGCAAAUCCAUGAUCAGCAGCCACAUGAUAGAAAAUCAGAAAGCCCAAUCCCUCAGAUUUACCCUGCCUCUUUAUCAUCUCGCAGCUCUCCCCUGUCCCAGCAACAACAGCAAAACGUUGCUUGUCUCUCCUCCAAGCACUCUCUGCCUAGUUCCGCCACCACCUCCAUGCAUCUGCAGCAGGUUCAACCUGUCUUUGCCACCCAGAACCUGGGCUCCCAUGCCUCUCUACCUGGUUUGCUGGUUCCUGUGCGGAUACAAACCCAUGUGCCAUCAUAUGGUAGUGUUAUGUACACCAGUGUUAGCCAGUUGAUGGCUACCCAUGGCAGUGGGGCGCAAGGGGUAGGCUCAGCCAGGCUAGGCUGUGCAGACAACAGCAACAUGUCUCCUCCAUUUUGUGCUGUGAGUGUCAGCAAACCACCUGGAGGAAUUGGAGGAGGUAUAAGUGGGACAGGUUUCAACCUAUCACAAUUUCUCGGACAGACCGAUGGCGCAGCGCUGCGCAACCCACCCUGGAAAAUUACAGAUUCAUUACCAGAUCAACGCCUGAACACAGGGAUCCCACUCUCAUUAACAUCAGGCACCAUAUCCACCACAGACGCCUCAGGAUCUGGCAUCGGAGGCAGCAAGCGCAUGCUUUCCCCCACCAGCUCUCUGGAGCUCUUCAUCGACACAAAGCAGCAGAAAAGAGUGAAGGAGGAGAGGAUGUAUGGACAGAUUGUUAAGGAUAUGAGUGCAGUGGAGCUGAGUGGAACUGAAAGCAGUAGCAAACCUGAAAAGUUGCAGGGCAGAGGUCAACGAGCUCGUCUGAAGAGUGAAGGCUCCAUGGAUGAUUCUGAAAGGAUGUCCUCUUCUCCUCCACUAAGUGACUUCCCUGUUGCAACCAAGAUUGCCAUUCCCGUCCGUUCCUCCGCCCCCUACCUCUCUGAUGUUCCCCGGGCGGAGAGCUUCACUCCUCCUCUCCAGAUUAUCACAGACCAUUCCCCAGUUUCAGGUGGCCGGGACUCCCCGGAGGAGUUUGAUGUGGACGAUUCAGCCCCAGAGGGCCGCUCCAGUCCACAGUCCAUGCUGUCCUCCAACGAUGCAGAGGACACUGACAACACAAAUCACCCUACUCCGGGUAAAACCCCAGUCAGCAUGCUGGUUCAGCUAACUGCCAACCAAAGUGCCGGAUUAUCUGGAGCAGUGGGCCAGACUUUGCUUCUCACGGAUGUAGCUGACGUCCAGCAGUUUUUCCAGUUCCCAAGCCUGCGCACUAUGAGCAGAGUCAGCUGGUGUUUCCUAAACUACACCAAACCCAACAGCACCCAAACUACCUUGCAUAACUCUGUCUACAACUCAUGGAGUUUAAGCUCAUACAACCCCAAUCCCCUGAACCUUAGCACCAAGGCUGCAUUGGCCCUGUUGCGGUCCAAACAGAGGAGCAACACUGAUGUGAUGUACUCGAAUGCAGCCAUGUCGCCACCCAGCUCUGGAAAGCUGGUGUCAUCUGUGGCCUGGAAACUGAGGUUUGAUCAGUUGAAACCAGAGCUGAUGCCAGUGGAUGUCAGUCAUUUCGGGAGGAAGAUGAAGGGGGUGAUGUCGUGGGACCGUUCGAAAGAGGAGCAGGUAGAGAAGGAGGUCUCAGCCAAACAGCCCAACACCGAACCUACUCGCAUCAAGAUCUUCGAAGGCGGGUAUAAAUCCAAUGAGGAUUACGUUUACGUUCGUGGUCGCGGUCGGGGGAAAUACAUCUGCGAGGAGUGCGGCAUCCGCUGCAAGAAACCCAGCAUGCUGAAGAAACACAUCCGGACGCACACCGACGUCCGGCCGUACGUCUGCAAGUUCUGCAACUUCGCCUUCAAGACGAAAGGAAACCUGACGAAGCACAUGAAGUCUAAGGCUCAUAUGAAAAAGUGUCUGGAGUUGGGAGUCUCCAUGUCUUCUGUUGAGGACACCGAGGCGGACGAAGGAGAUGUCGGAGAGGAAGGCCAGAGGUCUGAAAAGAUGUCCAGAGGCAACAUGGCGGAGCACCAGUUCUCAGACGCCGACGACUCUGACGGCGGAGAGGACGACGCCGAUGAUGUGGACGAUGACGAUGACGACGAGGAUGACUAUGACGGCGACUCCACGCCGAAGACCCGCUCGCGCUCCACCAGCCCGCAGCCUUUCAGCCUGCCCUCCAUGUCAAUCACAGCUGUGGCCUCCUCCCACCCCGCUCCUCACCUCUCUCAUCACUCAGCGUCUGACUUCAUGGGCAACACCAACAAGCCCCCGCUGUUUGGCUACUUCACCACCGUGCCGAGCAUCCAGAUCACUCCGCAGGCUCCACCUGGCGAGCACAGCCAGGCAGAGUACCAGCGAGGCCUGCAGAGGGCGCUGGGCGGCAGGCUGCUGGCUCCACCCUCCUCCUCCAUGGAUGAAGACCUCGCCGUCCCGUCCCCAGACCUCUCCUCCCCCUCCUCCCGCCUGUCCUCGCCCGGGCUUGACGUCUCCCGCUGCCCGUCCCCAAUCUCCCCGUCCUCCUCGCCUUCUGGCCGCCGAUACCUCUCCCCACGUCGCGACCUCUCGCCCCGCGCCGGACACCUCUCACCCCGACGGGACAUCUCUCCUCUGCGUCACUGCUCCCCCAAGAGGGACCUGGGGGCAGCAGGGGGCUACAGGCGAGACCUCUCCCCCAGGAGGGGCCACCUCUCGCUGCUCUCCCCUCUCUCCCGGCCCACGUCUCCGGCAGGAAGAGACUACAAGCGUGACCUUUCACCUCGAGGCCGCCACAGGGCGAUGAUCCGGCCUGUGUCUCCUCGCAGAGGGCUCCACCAACACCUCCACCACCAGAGCCAGCAGAGUGGAUCUCGGGGCCUCAGGCAGGGACACCAGGCAGAGCUGAGCAUUCUGGGACGUCGCAGAACCAGCGCAGAGAUGGAGACGGAACAUUGUCUCGGCUCACCGUCGCCAGGGGAACAGGACCAGGGCAGUAGCCGCGGUAACCGGUGCAGCUCUCCUCACCAGGUCCUGUUCAGUCACCUUCCUCUUCACUCUCAACUCCAGGUGCGUUCACCGUUCCCGAUGAUCCCCAUCGGAGGGAUCCAGAUGGUACACUCCGUCCACCAGCCCGUCACCUCCCCUGUGAGCCAGCAGGGGGCGCAGCAGAUCGCAUCCCGCCUGCUGCUGCAGAAGAACACAUCGGAGGACUCCACCACCAGCGAGGCCGCCUCCCCUCAUUUCACCGAGAGGGGAGUUCAAGGAGCAGCAGGAGGCGAGAGGCUGAGGGAGUCCACUUCCCCUCACCCCUCACCGCAGGAGAGGGAAGGAGGAGGAGUGAGGCGGGAGCAGGAGGAGAACAUCCAGACCUGCACCAAGGCCAUCGCCUCGCUCUGCAUCGACUCGGAGGAGCUCGCCGAGCGAGGAGGAGGCAGAGGAGGUAGAGGGAAAAAUGGAGGCAGAACUUCCUCCUCCUCUUCCUCCUCGUCUGCGUUGUCCUACGACUCCCAUCAACAGCAGCGCUCGCCAUCCAUCUCCAUGUCGCCGCCAUCUCCUCACGCUUCGCCAUCUCCUCCACAAGGUCCCGGGAUACAGCACUUUAGCGGCCUGGAGAUCAGGCCUCCCCACCCAUCGAUCCCCGCCUCCCCUCACUGCUCCUCCCCCUCUCCCUCCUUCUGCUCCUCUCCUCACCCUCCCAGCCCCGGCUCUGAACCCCUCCAGCCUCCGACAGUGUCCCAACCUGUGAAGCCGGAGAGAGACAGGGAGGCGGAAAGCACAAAGAGAAGCAAAGACGUGUCGUAGAGCUGCAGAAGAAGAACGAGGAGGAGAAAUUAUGGAUUUUUUUUGUUUUGUUUUUGGAUAAUAGGAAGGGAUGAAGUGCAACAGAGAGAGAAAAAUUACUUUUGCACACUUUACACACAUAUUCUUCUACUUCACUUUAUACAUACACUCUCUCUCUCACAUGAAUCAAUGCAUACAAAGAAAAACAGCUCUCGUCAUAAAAAGACUAAAAACAAACGGACUUCUGCAGUUUUAAUGUUUAUGUUCAGCAUGCCUGUUCUAACCGGGGCCUGCUCUCACAGACGUUCUUAUUUAAAGACUUAAAGAGGACCUGCGUACGGUUACACAUGUACGGUAACUCCCACCAACACGAGCCGACUAAAAUCUGCAAAAAAAAUAAAAAGACUCUGUUUAAGCGGUACGUCAAAAAAAAACAAAUCAAGACAGCUACGUGUGUGCCUUUUCUUUAAUCUCUUUUGUUUGUUUGUUUUUUGCUUAUAUUCUUAUAAGCAAACAAAGCAGGAAGGUAAAUGUAAAUACAAUACUAUCACGUUUUGCGUAUCAGCUUUGUAAUAAAUGCAACCCCCCCCCUUCCUCCCCCCUUUUUCCUCCCCCACCUCCUGUGUUUUUUUUUGGACACCUUAAAGUCUCGACAAGCGAUGUGAAGUUAUGGAUAUUACUAUUACGUACGGUUGCACUAAAACAUAUUUUUAUAUGAGUGAAAUUUUAAAAAUGGCUUUUUUUGUGUACAGCAGCAAUUCUAUAAUACUAUUUAUUAUUGUUACCAUGUUUCAUAAAUUGUACAUUUUUUCUUAAAUGUCGUGGAUGCCUUUUUCUAUGUAAAGCAUGGGGUUUUUGCUAUCGCUUACAUUAGGGCGAGGAUAUGUACACUGUAAUAUGGCUUUAUAUGUUAGACCUAUUUAUAUAUGUUUAAGUGAGCCUCCUCGCUUUAAGUGAGGUAUAUACACAUAGAAGUAAGAUUUACCAGAAUAUUUACCCAGCAUAUGAAUACAUACAGUAUAUAGAAUCUAUCAACCUGUCCGUCUCUCUAUCUGCACUUAACAUUUACAAAGACACUCACGUUAAGGUUUUAGGUAGUUAGCUUGUACGUUUUCUCUGCUGCCUGUCCCUGGUUGUGACCGUUCUUGUUUUUUACUGACCUUCGUGGUAUUACUUCUUGUUUUACGAUGCACAGACUUGCUCUCAGCAUUAAGUGAAUGAACAUGCCUUCUUGCACCGUGGCAUUCUGCUCAAUUAUUCGUUUUUAACCCGCCACCGCCGCCACACACAACCCCCCCCCCCCCCCCACGCUCCAACACAAAUAUCGAUGUCACGCAGAUUAAAGGUAGCUCCACUUUCUGAAAAACAAUUUUGCUUGAAUGAUAGUUUUAUUCGUCGGAUAUCUGAACGGCAAAAACAUUCCAGUCCAUGUAAAUAUUCAGUCAACCCCCCUGAACACACACACACACACACACACACACACAUAUACAUCUUUUUGGCAUUGAUGCACAUUGUGGCCGUGGCAAUCAACCCACCGAGUUAUUUAAUGGCUUUAUUUCUGGGGACACGUAUACAAACACACACCAAACUCUCUGAUAAAUGCACCUUAUGUUUCUUAGGAUCUCUGCUGUGAUCGUCCCCGAGCUCUCAUCACUUGUCUUUUGCAGCAGACUUUGAUUGAAAUGGACGCGUUUAGGACGAGAACUGCUCUGAACCCCAAAACUGUCUGUAAAAAUAAUCAUAAUAAUACGUUUAGUUGUGACAUUGAGGCUUUCUGCUUUCUUUGACCCUCCUCCUCUCAUGGACUUCCUCUUUGGAGCUAAGCAAUAUUUAAACCUCUGCUCAGCAGCAGAGAGAGUCUUUGUUGCAAGGCAACAAUAAGUCAGGAGAAGCAGGGCGCCGCUGGAGGUUGUGGCGAGUCAGUGACACAACUCGUCUCUGGACAGUUUUGAGUCGGGCAGCUGCAAUGUGAGUGUGUAUCUGUGUUCUGUAUCGGUGUGUAUUCGACCAGUAUAUCCUCUUCUUACGACUUUUUUCUAUUUCGAUCCUCCCUCUGUUGUGUACACUUAUCAUGACGACAAUGAUGUCUUUAAAAAAAAUCUCUUUCUCUCUUUCAAAGAUAUCAAAGCACAAGUCAUUGUAUAGAAAUGACAACAAUACAAAACAAAAAAGACAAAAAAUAAAAGGUAAACGUGCAUAUAAAAGGGUAACUUUGUGAUGGUGUUCUGUGGAAUUAAUACAUAUAUCAUGUAUGACCCCAGUGGCAACAAGGAAUCGCAGUAGAAGUGGAAAAAAUGGAUUGUUGUUUUCAAAUAAAUAUGAAUAGAAUAA